AUGUAUGCCAAACUCCCGGUCGAGAAAGAAGAGACCCCUCUGGGACGCCUUCUAGAUCAAGCCUAUCUACUUGGUACCGAGGAGAGAUACACCGGAGUUGAGGUUGGGACGAAAGGGCUCCGUCGACUACUCGAUUUGCAUGAGCAAAUCGACCGAAUGCUCCACAACCCGGCGAUGUAUUGUUUGAAUCUCCUAUUACGGUUUCUCGUCGUCGCCCUCGCCGCCGCAGCAACGAUACCCAGUAUUUUAUCACCAGGCCAGAAGAUGCAAACAAAGAGGUCAGGAAACAGGAAACCGAGCGAGGAGACGGACAGGCAGGAUCAAAAACAUCCUAAGUACUUCCAUGAGGCUGGCGGCUCGAUGGAGCUUGGACACUAUGAUGUGCGGUACUUUCAGGGCAAAGUUGAGUAUGCGGAACAUGGGCCGGCGCUAAGGAGGCUCAUUCGGUCGUGGUUGGAAACUGCUGGUGAAUUGGGAAUUCAAGAUGCGACGUGGCUUGCUCAUGGCACGUUGUUGGGCUGGUGGUGGAAUGGAAGGGUUAUGCCGUGGGAUUACGAUUUGGAUGUUCAGAUGCCGGUUGCGACUUUGACGUUUUUAGGGAGGCAUUUUAAUCGGACGAGUUGGGAUUACGAGUUUUUAGUUGAAGAGGGUGAGGGUAGGGGGAAUGGAAUUGGUGAAGUGGUGAAUGGUUCGUAUGUGAAUAAGACUUACCUUCUGGAUGUAAAUCCGCAUCAUACGGACCUAGGUCGUGGCAAUGGAGCGAAUGUUAUUGAUGCGCGAUGGAUCGAUAUGAGUAAUGGAUUGUUUGUGGAUAUCACGGGGUUGGCGGAACGGGAUCCAGCUGGUUCGCCUGGGGUCUGGAGUUGCAAGAAUGCGCAUCGCUAUCGUACUACCGAGCUGUUUCCAAUGCGACAUACUGAGUUCGAGGGUGUGCUUGCGCGUGUACCGUAUGCGUUCGAUAAGAUCUUGACGGAUGAAUAUGGUAGCAAGAGUUUAACUACUACCGAGUGGGCUAACCAUCAUUGGAUACCAGAGCUCAAGGAAUGGGUCAAGAUACCUGAGGAAGAGAAAAAGAACGAAACGGCGACUAAAGAGCAACAUGGUGACAAUUCGGUCGUGGUGGUCGUUGAGAAGACAGUUGUAAAAGGCGGUAGUAAGGGGUGA